AAGCUGUCAAAUUGGAGUACAAGAAUCUUAUCAGUGCACAAGAGCUUUGUUAUUAUUCCACUUUUCUGCACAGUAAAAUGUUCUUUGCAAUUGAAUGAGUGUCUCAGUGAAUUUACGAAAGACUUUUUCAUCGAGUUCAAGAAGAAUUCAAGCCAUCAUCUGCCUGGGAUUGAGUGGAAAAGUGUUGUGAAAAGACAGGAGAUGUCUCAGCAGCAAGUCAAGUACGAAUUACUCGAGGGUCAGCGUGAAAAUAGACUCAAGUACUCAUCCUACCUCCAGGUCACACUCCUAAUUCUCCUGUGUGCAGUGUCCAGUGUGACUGUGUACACGACAUGGACAAUAAUCUACCGGAACAGUUUCAAUUACCCCCCAAAAUUAUUUGAUGUUCCAAAGCUCUGGAUUCAUCGAACAGAAUUGUAUUCUCAGUAUCUGAGUGAUUAUUCAGUCCCGGAGACGCACAAUGCGACAAAUGGGACUGACAGUGCCUUGGAGAGUGCACAGAGAUCUCCAGUGGGAGUCAAAGAGCUCGACAAUGAGCGUAUCUCCCCAUCGCGCUACGGAAAUUUCAUUCCGGGAGCUGCGAGUGGGAAGAAGAAGUUGGUGUGUUACUACACUGCUCCCUAUGAUGUCAUUAAUGGGCGAGAAUUGCUCGCCAAAGACAUAGAUCCGCAUCUCUGCACCCAUAUCAAUGUGGGAUUUGCAGGAGUGGUCAAUAAUUCCUUGUUCCUGGACGAUGUGCUGCGGGAGACUUUUGUCAAAGUGACAGCACUGAAGAAGAUCAAUCAGGAAUUGAAGAUUCUCGUGUGGACGGGUGGGAUGGAUUCGGGGGGAUUUUCGGAAAUGGUGAAAGAUCAUGCUAGUAGGAAGCAUUUUAUUCAGAGUGUCAAGAGUGUCUUGGAGACUUACAGGUUGGAUGGGAUUGAUCUCGAUUGGGAAUUUCCGGGGGGAUUUGAUCGGCAGAGGCAGCAUUUUUCGCAGCUUCUGCAUGAGAUCCGGAGGGAGUAUCAGCGAGAGCAUAGAACUUACUUGCUGACUGUGGCUGUGGCAGCUCCACGGCCAAUCAUUGAUGUGGCGUAUGAUGUUGGAGAGAUCAAUAGCUAUGCGGAUUUUAUCAAUGUUAUGACGUAUGAUUAUCACUUUUAUGCCCCUUCCACCCCAUUUACGGGCAUCAAUGCUCCCCUGUUUCCGCGAGAAAAUGAAAAAGGACUCCUUGGGAUGCUCAAUAUCAACUAUACUGCCAAUUAUUGGCUGGAAAGGGGCAUGGACAAGGACAAAAUUGUCAUUGGACUGCCCACUUAUGGACAUUCCUUCCGUCUGGCCAAUCCCCUCAAUAGGCACAUUGGGAGCCCCUCAACGGCCAAUGGGGCAACGGGAGUGCUAGGAUUCACGUCCUACUCGGAAGUUUGCUGGUUUCAGCAGAACAAUAUCUUCGUAACGACAGUUUACGACAAUGCCACCUGUUCGCCCUACACGACAGCCGGAACUGAGUGGAUCUCCUACGAUGACGUCGUCAGUCUCGAGUGCAAGACAAAAUGGGUGAAGGAUAGUGAUUUUGGAGGUGUAAUGAUCUAUUCCCUGAACGCAGAUGAUCAUGGGCUGUACUGCAGAAGGCAGGGAGAUGCCCUAGUCAAGCAAGAAACAUUCCCACUCUCCCGGAAAAUCCAUUCGGUUCUCUUCAGUAAUUUCUCCACCACGGGCAAUUGAGGGUAGAAUUCCCGGAGGUAAGUGUCUAGCAUUGAUGAUAAGAAUAGCCCCAGGGGAUGCAUUAGGAAAUUAUUGAGGUGUUUAUCCCGGAGAAAUGCGUAAAAUUGCAAUUUUAUCUCAUCAAAAUAUUCUUAUUGAAUGACUUACCAUCCGAUUUGGAAAAUGUACAGUCUUUCUCCCAAAGAAAAUUAUCCGAAUUUGAUUUUAGCAUUUUCAAAUUUACCACAUCCCGGAAGUAGGCUUUUAGGUCUCUUGAAAAUAGUGUAAGUGGCUUUAGGCUUUGUUGCAGAGCUUAAUAUGAAGAAAAAUUGCUGUUUAAUAUGGAAUAUUUUUGUAGUAAUUAUUUUGUCGUAGGGAAAACCGCGGUAACCUCGGAUGACUGUAGCUUCGGACAACUCGAUCGUUUUCUAAUAUUCUAAUGAAGUUGAUCUAUGGCUCUUUUCGGGAAAUUUGAGGCAUUGGACUAGGUUAUAAUGGAUAAAAUUCAUAAAAAAAAUAUGUUGAGAAAAAUUAUUUGUUCAAAGCUUGAGGCGUGCGAACACCGAGAGAAAUCCGAGAAAGUUAAAAUAACAUUCCGGAAAUGUUAAUUUUACCCUGCAGUAUUGAUCCAAAAUCUGUGUAAAUAUUACCCUUUUUAGGUGUAUUAGGGAUUAAAGUUACCCUUUUUCAUGUUAAUUUUACACUUCUAAUGGUGUAAAAUUAACAUUAAAAAAUGUUAAUAUAUUUUUACACCUAAAAAGUGUUAAAGUUACGAAGAAAAAAAAGUUAAUCGCACCCUCUUUUUUCUCUCAGUGAAGGUAGCGCAUUUUCUUAAAAAUUGAUUACCGAAGGAGCAAAUGAAAGGCCUUGUAAAAUACUGCAAUUUUGUGUGCAUUAUAACUUCGUGGGCCCACCACGAGGGGUGAUAAAAUCGAAAAAAUCGGUUUUCGAAAAUUCAAUAUCGAAUAUUUCGAACAAACAGAUUAUGUAUUAGUUUCAAGUGCUCUUGGACAGUCUGUAAAGAAUUUCAGUUACCAUUAGGUGUCAUGCAAACAUUUUGUUAUCAAAUUAUAAACUUGAUGUAAGGAAAACAUAAUUUUCACGGUAAUAAAAUAACUUCGAAAACCGCGAAACGCAUCCAAAAAUCACAGAAAUGUUUUUAGAAAUGCUGGUAUACAACAAUUCCAUGGAAGAACUAGGCCUUCCCGAUAGGAGAGUUUGGGACUACCAUUAUUAUUUUUUCCUAGACAAGAAUGAGCUGUGGAAUCAAGUGCCACUCAUUUUCUUUUAAAACUGCUGUUUUCAAGAAAAUCGUCCGUACGUAGCAGCAAAUGUCAAAAUUUAAACAAAAAGAAAUUUUUUGUCUAAAAUUGCUCCCGAUUAGAACGUUCGUAGAAAGGGUUUUUCCAAACGAAAAUACAUUCGAGGAUCAGUUUGCAAAGCAAAGCAAAGCAGACAGUUUUAUUUUUCGUUUCGUCCGCGUGGUGGCCGAAUUGUUAGAAUUUCGAGGUUUCUAGAGUAGGGUGGAGUCAUCACAUGUUAUACAUUGAGAGAAAUCCGAAAAAGUUAAAAUAACAUUCCCGAAAUGUUUAUUUUACCCUGCAGUAUUGAUUCGAAAACGGUGUAAAUAUUACCCUUUUCAGGUGUAUUAGGGGUUAAAGUUACCCUUCUUUCAUGUUAAUUUUACCCUCAAAAAGGUGUAAAAUUAACAUUAAAAAAUGUUGAUAUAUUUUUACACCUAAAAAGUGUUAAAGUUAUGAGGAAAAAAAGUUAAUCGCACCCUCUUUUUUUCUCUCAGUGUACAGUAGACUCUCGCUCAAUCGGCUCUUUUUCAAUCGGGCGAAAAAUUUUGUUGACAAUUUUCACAUUUACAAAGGCGUUGACGCCCAAAUCUAUCGAUAAACCGGAUGACAUUUUGUCCCAAAUGCCCAAUUGAGAGAGAGUCUACUGUACACUUAUAGACAGCUUGCAAAAAUCUUAAGUUCUUAUCUAAAAUAGAUUUCGAAAAAUCACAAAAUUGUUAAUCACAUUAUAAACUAAUAAUUUUAUGACUUCAAAAUCUUGUUUAUUAGGUAAGAACUCGAGAUUUUUGCACGCUGUCCAUAAGUGUAUAACCUCCAUAACUGAUGACUCCACCCUAUCACCAUAAUUCCACGGAGAAAAAAUAGAGGGUGCGUUUAACUUUUUUUCCUCGUAACUUUAACACUUUUUUGGUGUAAAAAUAUAUCAACAUUUUUUAAUGUUAAUUUUACACCUUUUUAAGGCUAAAGUUAACAUGAAAAAAGAUAACUUUAACCCCUAAUACACCUAAAAAGCAUAAUAUUUACACCGAUUUCGGAUCAAUACUGCAGGAUAAAAUUAACAUUUCCGGAAUGUUAUUUUAACUUUUUCGGAUUUCUCUCAGUGUCAGUAUUUACUUUGUUGUGGAAUAUAAUUCAAAACAACGAUGUGACGCUCAUUAUUUUCGGUCUCAUUAUUAAAUCCCUUCAUAAACGUUUUAACAGUUUCUUUUUACUGCAUUUUAUAAAUAUUUAUAACUUCGGGCGAAUUUUUAGUACGAGAAUUUUGAAUGAUCUCAGCGAGCACAGUUACUUAAAAAAGACAGCGUUUUCAGCAUAUUUUUGCUGAAAACUCUGCCUUUUUUUAGCUAACUGUACUCGGUAGGAUGUUCGAAUUUUACGAAUAUAAACGACAUUUUGAAAGUGAUUUUUUCGUAGUUUUGUCGAAAAAGAAGGAUGGUGGAACGUUUGAAUUUCAAUUUCAUUAAACUUAGGGUAAGUGUGGCAAAUUUCGGCAUAGUUUCAUGCAAGCGCCAAAGUCUUAAAUUUGAAAUGUAAUAUUUUAAAUACAAAUAGAAUUUAUUUGUUACUUUUUUUAUAAGGACUGUUGCUUGGAACCUUGUAGACAGUUUAUCUUCUUUUUUUUUCUCUAAAAUCAUUCGUAACACAUUUUGAAAUGAAUAAAAAUGUAGACAUAGCAUUGAUGGCCUAUUCCGGUCACCUUCAUUCUCAUAGUUCCUUAACAUUCCGGAAUUCUUCAAAUGCCUUUCUAAGAUCAUCUUGCUCGUCGAAGCGAUAUUUUUUUGUUAUUUUUUUGCAUUGUAUAAUCUCCAGUAGAGUAUACAAAAAAUAAAAAUUCAUGAAAAUUCGAGGAAAAAAAAUGUGGCCGAAAUUGUAAGCUGGUCGGAAUUUGGUACACUUACCUUAUAUGUUGAAAAAUUGCUUGCUUUAAGUAAUUUGAAUGUUAUUUUUUGCAUUGUAUAAUCUCUAGAGUAUGCAAAAACUAAAAAUUCGUGGAAAUUUGAGGAGCAAAAAAUGUGUCCGGAAUUGCAAGCUGGCCGGAAUUUGGUACACUUACACUAAUGUCGUUUUGAUAAUCUCAUUCAACUUUUACACUAUUGUGCAAUUCAUCAGUUCAAAUUUUCAAAACUUCCAACGAGUUCUUAAGGAAAUUUUCUCUGAUAUACUGUAUUAGCUAGCAACAUGAUUUGAGAGGUUUAGUUCCAUUUUGAAGAUAACUAAAGCUUUUGGGAAAAUUUCCAUAAAAGAAUUGCAAUUUUUGUUCAUAAAAGUUCUGUAGAAUUUUUUGGGACACGACUUUGGAACAUUCUAGCAUUCAUUUUCUCAUAACGAAUGAGAUGUCAGGAUUCUUAAUUGCCAAUUUUACGCAUUUCUUAGCAUAAACACCCCCUAUAAAUCCCAAAUAAAAAGAAAAUUCCAUACAGUUUUUGAGACGUUAAUUGAAGAUCAAAGAGAUGGAAUAUUUUUGUUGAAAAUUGUGGCAAUAUUAUUAAGUUUUAACUAGCUUUAUAUACAAGUAUAAGUAGGUCAUUAAUCUCCCUCUUGAUCUUCAAUUGACAAUAUUUAGUACAAUGUUAAUCAAAAAAAAAGAACAGUAUAAUAUGAGGAAGAUCAGAAGCUAUCAGUAUCUCUUCGCCUAAAACCAUGUGAUUUAUCAUCGUUGGACAAAUGACAUAAUUCCAUAUUUAUUUUAUUUAUUAUUGAUGAGUUCGAUGAAGAUCUGCGGGAA